AUGGGUGACAGUGCAAGUUCAUCAACUGUUCAGUACAAGAAUGAGAAAGCUGUUUUGUGUAAUUGUAACCAGCUUGCGAAGAUUGUAAGGGCUUGGACUGAUGCGAACACUGGGCACAGAUUCUAUGGCUGUGUAGGACGUAAGGUUGCUCACGGGUAUGAGUCUUGUAACUUUUUCCGUUGGUUUGAUGUGAAGAAACCACACGGGUGGCAACAUGAAGCAUUGAUUGAGGCAAGAGAUGUCAUUCGUGAGCAAAGAGAAGAGAUUAAGAACUUGAGGGAAGCGGUACAAGUACAAGAACUGAAGCGGGAAAAUUCGAAUGAUGUGAAGCAGACUAGUGAGGAAUGCAAAGCACUGAAGCGAGAAGUUUUGAUUCUGAAUGAAAGGAGUAGGGUGUUCCGUAAUGUUCUUAUCACUUCUUCCGUUGGGUUUACAAUUAUACUUGGAGUGGUGGUGACGAUGUGUAAGUGA